CGAGUCGCGAGGGACGGUGGUUAACGUAACUGGGAGUGCUUGCCGGGAAGGAUACUUUAGUGAGUCCGGGAAGCGGAAACUAUGUUUGAAGUGCUUCUGUUCGGGGGUGUCAACGCUGUGCCAGGCAGCGAAUCUGUACAGUAUACAAUGGCAAUGAACGACUGGAAGAUGAAAUACGCUGCAGUGAUGUUCAGUAAUGAUACCCAACAUCUGAACAUCAAAUCGUACGACAAGUUCACCCUUCCUCAAACGAACUUUACACCGUAUUACAAUCUGCCUUACCGAUUUAUAGAGUAUCAGGUGGGAUCAUACGAUGGGAAUCUACUGUAUGAAAUCCAGGUGGACAACGCCAGCUAUUCAAAAGACCAACCGGACAUCAUACUUCAAGGUUACAACACAACCCUCUUCUACAAGUACAAAACCCCGUUGAUCCCAGGACGCUCCAACAAGGUAGUCCUCCGACUCCACGAGUCCAACUUUCGCCACCAGGACGGGAAAAAGGCAUCGCGUGACGAUCUGAUGAUCGUACUGGCCUACCUCAAUCUCUUCCUGGUUCGGAUGUAUCCCACAAAUGGAACUUACAGUCCUUCAAGUACGGAUAUUGUGAUGGAUUCCUCUACGGACCUGGGAUAUCAUGGGCUGGGGAAGAUGGACCGGAUUGAGGAGUGUCGGUGUCCUCAUGGAUAUCGGGGGAGGUCCUGCGAGAGGUGUGACUUUGGGUACAAUCGAGCGAAUCGGUAUUUGGCCACGGGGGUCUGUAUGCCCUGGGAGUGGCAUAGGGAGGAGUAUUACAAGGUGUCUACGUCGACCACGUUGAGGAACUAUCAUUAUGUUUGAGUUGACGAGAAAUACAUACUUUGAAGUAGUCUUGUGUGUUGAUCUUACCUGCAAAGAGAAAAUAAUACAAAUGUCAGAUAAGGAUUUAUGAAUCUCCAAGAAUUUUGAAUACAAUUUGUAAUUUCCGAUAAGCAGGCCAAGGAUUGAUACCUAAGAGCAUGCAAUGGCACUGACCUUGUUGCGUGCUCUUCGGUUGACGUCCACGUAAGGAACAUCCUGGAAGGAGCGUAACUAACUACAUCCGUAGUUCUGUUAGAUCAUCCGAAUUAUCUUGAUCAGAACAGUAUAGCUCUGGUUCCUUGCGAGUGUCCUAUUUUCUUACCUCCACGUUGGCUUGGUUUUCAUGAUGACCUAGCUGGUGGCCUGUGGAAACGGAUCGUAAACCUUUGACCACCGCGGGUCAGAGUCGAGACGGCUAAAAGAAAGGGGCGCUACAAUGUGGGAAAGGGAAGUAAUUUGUGAUUGUAGACGGUAUUGUUUUGAUUCGCAGUAUGUUGAGUCAACUGCUGUGGAUGUACCUGAAACAUCGCACAACGGGGUUUCUCUUGUUUUCAUUCUCAGCUACCACCUAUAUCCUAUUUUUAUUUUGCUCUACUGAUUCUCACUUCUUCACUGAUUCUUCUAUUUGGAUACAUGGAUUAUGGAUACAUCAUUUGAUUUUGAUUUUACUAACUUUUGAUUCACUUAUCUCUCAAAGCUUUUCCACUCUUUUUUACCAAUUGAUACUGCUGUAACAAACUUUGUUUUUUUCUUAAAAAUUUACUUUUCCUUAAUGUACUAGUAAUAUCAAGUCUAUUUAUCAUUUGCCUAAUCUUUUUUAAUUUUAUUGCGAAUUCAUUUAUUUGAAUAAUUCUUUAUCUGUCCUAUAAAUUAUCAUUACUAUAAUCUAAGCUUGUUUUGUAUCUCUAUUUAUUAACUAUUGUCUAAUUUUACAUCUAAUACAUCUAGCUUCUCAUUUUUAUUCUUUAAAAUACGCUCAUCAUUCUCUUAUUAUUGAUUCUUGAUUUUUAUAAAAUAAAUUCUCUGUUACUGUCUAUUAUCUUCACCCUUUUUUCAAACAAGUGAGGUUUGAGCCCUUACUCAAUUUAUGGAAUGGUUAAAGGAUUAACACAAAUAUUACUAUUGCAUUUUUGGUAAACUUUUAAAACAUGCUUAGGACCAAAAAUUGUAACAAAACACCGCGACAAAAGAAAUAGCAACAUAUAAACACGACUCAACACUAGGAAAGAUUUCAGGAGAAAACAAUAAAACAGUAAAAUAACAACUAGUUUUUGAAUUCAAACUAAAAAUAAAACAGUUUUUGCUUUAAUGAAAGUUGGUAGGCACACUAUAAAUGGUUAGGCGCUUAUACUUACAUCAAACCCUACGUAAUGUACCACCCCCGGCCGAGUUAAAAUGCGUAACCGGAAAAGAAGGUGUGCAUGCCUGGCACGAACACUCAAAGCGUGUUCUAGCGUGUUGCUCGUACUGACUCAGAGCAAGGGUGAGAUGUAGGUGUAAGGGCAGUGCGUGUUCGUCGGGAACCUGGUGCAUAAGAUCGGUCAAGGCCCGUUCUUACACUGAAAAUUGCGAAUUGCGAAUUUGUAAUUUCCGAUAAGUUCAAAGCAAUCUUAGACUGAAAUAAAUCCCUUUCAGCCAGCAUCAGAAGCAGUACCAAGUCGUGUUCUUCCCCGUGUCAUCUCCCCAAGAUAUUGGCUACGCUUUCACCAACGGUGCGGCCUUCAACUCCCUCGUUGAAGUCUUCAGCAGCUUCCCCUGAACCUCAGCGACAACAGCCCUAACAAUUUCGCGAUUUCACCGCGGUCUUCCCGCAAAGUCUUGUACUCCCAUGUAGAUCCGAGAGAUUCAACCAACUCAACGCACCGCGCAGCGCGCGCUCAAUUUAUGUUGUUUAUUCAGAUCACACGCGGGGUUGAGGGCUGAACAUGACCAUCGCCGCGGAGAGGAGGCUCGACGCGCAUAAUAAGAUGUGCGUGGGAGAAUAUGCUAAUUGGAAGCUAGCAAGUCAACUUAAGAAAAUGGCUCAUCUCUGAAACUGGAGCGAGCACUCUGGCGGGCGCGCCAGUUUUGGUGUUUGUUAUUGUGAUUAUGCAGAGCUCUCUCUAAAGGGUGGAGAGGUUUUUUUAUUUUGGAAAAUUUUGAAUACAAAGCAAUGUCAGGGAAAUGGGUUCCCAGGAUGGGAAGCGUGGCGAGACUCUGCCAGGGCACGUGCCGAUUGUUUUUCGUAGACCUUUAGAUUACUAUUAUGAUGGAUGUAAACAAGAAAAAUCAUAGUAUAGUGUACAAAAAAGCGCAAAAUUCCCAAUUUAUGGAACAAAUCCAGAGUACUUUUUAAAAGGCAUGUUUAUUUCUAAUAUGAGCAUUCAUUCAUAAACCAAAUGAGAUGUGAAUUUUAGUAUCUUAACAAAAGAUAAAGUUUCAAACUAGAUUUUAAUCCGUUCCAACCGACCACAUGCAGUUUAUCGCUUGGUUGACUCUGAUCUGCAUCGGCAAUUAUUCUUCUUUUGAAAGUUCUUCAUCGAUCAAAUCUCGCCUAGACCAGCUAGGUUUAACCCGGAGCGCUGCUAUGCCCUGUUGAACUUUUUUCUCUCUCCCGACACAACUUGCCAAAUCUGGCUCACUGUUGUAGGACGGACUACCGUAAAAUUGCACUCUCCGACAAAAAAGAACUACAACGACGACGACCCAGCGCGAUAUUGCAUGCCGCUCGACAUGCGCUACAAAAAGUGCACAAUUCGUAGAUCACUUGAACAUGUUUUUCCCCAACAGCAGCAGCAGCUCCGACGGCACCCAACCUGCAGCGCACGUUUCUUCUUCCAGCCCAGAGCUUCUCUAGGCCGCGCAACAGACCGCAAAGCAAAACAACACUUGUUACGAAAAAAAAAAAAAACUAUUAACUAUAAUUUUUUCGCCCAUUGUUUUCCCAGGGAAAGAAAACUCCCACAGUCCAGAUUUUUGUUUUUAUUUACGCUCUUUAGGUCUGCUGAACAGCGGCAGCUUAAGGUGCUGGCCUGCCUCCGACU